GAGAAAAGCAGCACAGGAACAGCCAAAGAUUUCUGAAACACGCUAACGCGACUUUUGGAGAGCAGAAGAUUGUCCCUUGGCGCACACCUUACAUAAACCCCACGGUGCUGUGAAAACUUAGCAUAAAACAGCUGGAGCUCUCUCUGUUUGCCGCUUUAUGUAAACGCUUUGCUUAACUGUAGCCAGCGUUUACGCUUAAGUUUAGCUUUUUCCAUGUGAGGCCUACAGCUGUCGGUUUGUUUACUGUGCUGCAGGUUUUCGGCUCUUUGAUCUACCUCCACCGUCCCAUUUCUCUGCACCUGUCAACAUGGUCAACGUGCACAAAGGGGUCCUUGUUGAAUGUGAUCCUGCCAUGAAACAGUUUCUCCUCUAUCUGGAUGAAACGAUGGCAUUGGGAAAGAAGUUCAUCCUCAAGGACCUUGACGACACGCAUGUGUUUAUCCUUGCAGAGGUGGUUCAAACCCUCCAGGAGAGAGUUGGAGAGUUAAUGGACCAGAAUUCAUUCCCCAUCACGCAGAAAUGACCCCAAACUCUCAGAAGAGGUGUUUCAUCUUUGACAUGAAAUGUUCGUGAUUUAGAUUAAUAUGGUUUGCAGCGUUUUAACUGCAGACAACAAUGAAUUACGUGAAAAUACUCAAGGAGUUUCAAAUCUAUUUUAAUAGCCAGUUGCACAGUACGUUAGUGCUUUCUCUAUGCUUUCUUUAAAUUGAAGAUUUGUUACUGGAUCUGCAGCAGACUGUCUUUUUUUGUUUGUUUGUUUCAUUUAUGGAUAAAUGCAGCAAGGAUCCAAACCAAAAUAAGUUGACUGAACUGGUUGUCAUUUUUUAUUGGGUUUGCAACUUUU